AAAGAGAGAGAGAGAGAGAGAGAGAGAGAAAGAAAGAGAAGAGAGAGAGAGAGCAAAAAUGGUUCUUCUUGAAAAGCUUUGGGAUGAUAUUGUCGCCGGACCUCAGCCUGAACGCGGCCUCGGCAGGCUGAGGAAGGUGUCUCCUAAGCCCUUGAACGCAAAAGAAGGGGAAGGAGAGUCGAGCAAGUUGGCGAUGCCGAUGAGCCCGGCAACACCAGGAACCCCAGGCACACCAGUAUCUGCUCGCGCUAAAGAUAACGUUUGGAGGAGUGUCUUCCACCCAGGUAGCAACCUUGCCUCCAAAUCCAUGGGCAACCAGGUUUUCGACAAGCCACAGCCCAACUCUCCCACUGUCUACGACUGGCUCUACAGUGGGGAGACCAGGAGCAAGCAUCAUCGUUAAGGUGACAAACAAACAACUGAAUGGACCAGCAGCCACCAGGGGUUGCAUGUAAAUAGUGUACUUUUUGAUCUCAGCGUUUGCCACGUGCCCCAAUGAGGGUUUUCCGAUGGCAAUGUGAUUAGGUGUCCUUUUGAAUUUUGUAACUAGGGCUUCCGAUGGCAAUGUGAUUAGGUGUCCUUUUGUAUGAACACUUGUGCGGUAAUGAUGACUCUCUGUCGGUCAGAUCUACUGUUGGAUGGUGGUGAGGAGUUGAUGUCGUAUUAAAUAAAUAAAUAAAUAUCUUUUCUAAUGUUAUUAAA